AUGGGGAAGAUUACCUUCUAUGAGGACCGCGGCUUCCAGGGCCGCCACUAUGAGUGCAGCACCGACCACUCCAACCUCUGCCGCCUCAUCCCCCACUCCAGUUCUCACAGGAUCAGGAUCUACGAAAGAGAGGAUUACAGAGGCCAGAUGGUGGAGAUCACAGACGACUGCUCCCACCUUCAGGACCGCUUCCACUUCAGUGACUUCCACUCCUUCCACGUGAUGGAAGGCUACUGGGUCCUCUACGAGAUGCCCAACUACCGGGGGCGCCAGUACCUGCUCAGACCCGGGGAGUACAGGCGCUACCACGACUGGGGCGCCAUGAAUGCCAGGGUGGGCUCUCUGAGGAGAAUCAUGGAUUUCUAUUGAAAUAUUUUUACUCUACCAUUUUCUCCAUCUGGACAUUAAUAAAAUAUUUCCUGUGUGUUUCAUGCAAUAA